AUUUCAUAAGAGGUGUUUCAACAAGCCAUUAAAUAAAAUUUUGGUGUAAUGAGUUUUUUUGUUUAAUUUUUUUUUUUCACUUAUGAGCUUUCAUAGAAAUGUGCUGACGGUGCCUUCAUAUUUUCCCGCGAAAAUUGUGUUUUUCGAAGUGCAUUCUGGGAGACACGGAAAAUGUGCCAAGAUGGCUGAAAACUUCAAGGAUUUACGUCUGAAGCUACAGUCUCCACAAAAUAACACAUCAUCAAAGCAUAACAAGGACAAGAAGUCAGACAGGUCUAGGAAACAUUCCUCGAAUGGCGAAUACAAGUCUAAGUCACACUACCAAGACUACGACAACAGCUGGCACCAUGCCGAAGAGUUAAGUAAGGUUCACGCUGGAAUCAAGCAACGUCGCUUGUUUACCGAUGAUCAGUGCGAAGAAAUUGAGAAGAAAAUAAACGACACGGUCAAAAUUGCAGAUAAAGGAACAUACAAGCAACACACAGUCGACAGGGCCCCUCUUCGGAACAAGUAUUUCUUUGGGGAGGGAUACACCUAUGGAUCCCAGUUGCAGAAGAAGGGUCCAGGAAUGGAACGGCUUUACCCGAAGGGCGAAGUGGAUGAUAUUCCGGACUGGAUUCACGAACUUGUUAUCAAACCUUUGUACGACGCGAAAAUCGUACCAAAGGGUUUUGUCAAUAGUGCUGUCAUAAACGAUUACAUGCCUGGUGGGUGUAUCGUGUCGCACAUAGAUCCACCCCAUAUUUUCGACCGCCCCAUUGUAUCAGUGUCUUUUUUCAGUGAUAGUGCUCUUUGUUUUGGUUGUAAGUUUUCUUUUAGGCCAAUCAGAGUAUCUCAACCAGUCCUGUGUUUACCUAUUGACAGGGGAUGUGUCACAAUGAUCAGCGGUUAUGCAGCAGAUGAUAUUACACACUGUAUACGUCCUCAAGAUGUGGUGAAGAGAAGAGCAGUCAUUAUUUUACGAAGAGUUUUCCCAGAUGCCCCAAGACUAGAACCAGUCUCAGAAAAACAGAUUUCUCGGAAACGUAAGCGAAACAGUUCUGUAUCUGAUUCUGAUGAUGACCACCACAGAAAAAGCAGGAGAACUGUGUCCAUUCAGAAAAGCAAGCAUCGUUCAAGUAGUUACCAGUCCUCAAAGGUGAGGAAAACAGAGGGAAUUAGUCACAUUCAGCCAGUCAGUAAAACCAGCGACAGUCAGGACAGCAGCGAGGAGGAUGUAACAGUCACAACACCGAAAAAGAGCAUUCGACAAGUCCGAGUGUCUCGAAUGGCUCGACAUAGAAAACUCUGUUGGUAGUUUGUUAAACUUGAGAGUAGACAAGGUUUUUUUGAUUGUUUUGGUUGCCAAAGUAUACAUUGACUAGUGCAGUGUGCACAUGUGUAUUUCUGAUUUGCUGUAAAAAGAAUUUAAAAUAUCAUUUGAAAGAUAAAAGGUCUUUAUCUUUUUCGGAAGUCACAAGUCUACAUUUUUCUUUGUGUAGUUCAUGUGAAGGGCAUGGUAUAAAAUUUGUAAAAAGGAAGUACUUUUUAAAGUCAUUGAAUUCACAAGACAUGGAUGAAGAGAAUUUUGUUCAUUAAAUAUUUGGUUGCUUGCAUUUUGAACAUGUCUACUUGCAUCAUACCACAGAAGAUUUGAGUGAUGAUAACAUUUUCAGUAAAAUCGCAUGCAAAAUAUGUACUGUAAGUGAAAAUCAGAUCUAUUUUCAGUUUGCUGAAUUGUCCUAACAGUCAUACUAUUAUUAUGAACGAUCUUUCUUUUAAAAGAUGUAAUUACGUUAUGAUUCGUGAUCAUUUGAUGAGUUUGAUGCCAGUGAUAUGCUGAUUAUUGUCCUGUCAGUAAAUUGUAUGUUAAAUCACCCUGAUCCAUAGAAUUGUACAAAUGUGUAUUGUUACAUUGGUCUGCAAAACAUUUAUUCAAUGCACUUAAACAGUGUGUAGAAAUGAAAACCUUUUCCGUCAUUACUGCGUGCUCUUAUUUCAGUGUGAAUAUCAUGACAUUCUCUAGAAUUCAUUUUAGUGUGCAUGAUUUUUUUUUUCCUGUUGAAACACCACUUUUCUGUUCCAUCGUUGUCAUUAUAAGGGUGAAUCCUCAUGAUCAUGUGUAUUGUCUGUAUGCUUUUUCAACAUAAAACAUGCAUUAAUUGUUUAUUCAACAAAAGUCGAAAAGGAGAAAGAAAGUUUAGAAUUGAUAUGUAUGAUGCUGUUAAUGAUGAUAGUUAAAACAAUGUAGUGAAAAGCUAUAGCUGACAUCUGAUGUUAUUGGUGCAUGCUCAUGUAGAUGUGCUGGAUGUGUCGUCAUUCGAUUAGGGUCGGCGUAAAGCAGCACUUUUAUUAAGUGGAAUUAUGUGUUCAUAGAAAGAUGUGCUUUAAAGGAUUUCCCCUGCAACUUACGAUAGAGAUUUUGUUCAGUGCAAGAGAAAUGGGCAUGUACAAUGUAACCAUACCCUCUCUUGCAUUACAAGUGUAUAUGUGAUAUAAUGUAAUCACAGUCGUGGAUAUAUCAAAGCAGAAUUUUCAGUUUUUAUCAAAUAUUGUCCCAUAGAUCUUUGAAUUUGUAAAAGAUGAAAAUAUUGAGAUGUGCACUCGAUUAGAAAUUUAAUUACAAUAUUAUUUUUCAUUUUACAGCAAUGUUUCUGGUGGUUUGAAAUGCUUAUGUUAGGCAUCUUUCAAGUUUGUCAUUGUAUGAAAGAAAUCAGAUUGUUCUGUCAAAAUUCUUUUACAAACAUUUGGGGGAUGUAUUUUUGCGUACAAAUUGUGUAUAAACUACACUAUUCUGUCUCAAUACUGCCUUGGACUUUAAUUAAAGCAAUUAGAAGAACAAUCAUUAAUUAACUCUUAAAAGUGUAUAGUUAUGAUUAUUGAUAUGAAAAUAGGGUAAUCAUUUAUUUAAAAAAGAAAAUCAAAAGACAUGGGACUUGCAGAGUUUUAGAAUUUUGAAAACUUGUUGUAUCUUAUGCAUGGCGGACAAAUAGUUUCAUUGGUUACUAUCAGUGGUAACCAGAGUGGAGUUGUCUCAGUUGGGUAGAAUCCUUCAAAUGGCCAUAACUUCGUUAUGUUAAAUUACAUCUUUUGAAGCCAUCAGGGAGAUAUUUAUCAUAUUGUAACAUCUGUUAGAAGUAGAGAUCACAGUGAAAAGUUGGAGGUCAGCAAUUCCUUAGACAUUUCAACUGUAGCAAGAUAUAUAAAUAUGUGCAUGAAUUUUCAACAUGCACAUAGCACUAUAGAAGAAUCUAGAUAUAGCUUAUGAGAAAGCAGAUCAGCUUGUAAUCAGUAGGUUGUAAAUAUCUCGAGAAUAUAAGUCAUAUUUCAUUAUUAAAGUGAUCUUUUUUUUUGUUGUAGGAAAAAAAGUUGGUAUAUAUUUACAGUCAUGUUAACUUCAAAUUUUGUUUGAUUGUCUUUUUUGAUGAUGCUAAGUACUUUUAUAUACAGUUAAAUAUAACUUUGUUGUCUUUAUGUGAAGUAUUCAUACAUGCAGAAUUAAAGAAAACAGUUUUGGA